AUGGGUCACCAGCAGCUCUACUGGAGCCACCCUCGCAAAUUCGGCCAGGGGUCUCGGUCGUGCUGCUUGUGUUCGAACCGGCAUGGCCUGAUCCGCAAGUACGGCCGGAACAUGUGCCGCCAGUGCUUCCGUCAGUAUGCGAUAGACAUCGGCUUCAUCAAGUUGCACUAAAUUAUGUCUACGGAUCUCGCUGAUUAUGGGAUUACUUUGACCAUCAGUGACCACCGUUUUACUGGACUGUGUUCAGCUAUUUGGUCUAUCUACCUAAAGAUGGAUCCUGUU